CAGUGUAGGGUCUGAGUUGCUCAGCGCUGGGGAGUCUCCAGCUCCCUGGAGUUUCACUUCUCUUUCAGGCAACUUGUGUCGGGUCAUUCUGCCUGGAAACUGAUGACACUUCAGCCAGCGCGCACUCUCAUUGCAGGCCGGGGUCGAGAGCAGCCAAUCAGUGCCCUGCAGGUCUUAUCAUGAAGAUUUAUUUCUUUGGACCCGUCUAAGUCAACAACCCUUGACUGAAGUACAGGGUCAUGGGGGCCCGCACCAUCCUCCUUCUGCUGUCGGGGGUGCUGUCCCUGACCCAGACAUGGGCGGGCCCCCAUGCCAUGAGGUAUUUCUACACCUCUGUGUCCCGGCCGGGCAAGGAGCCCCGCUUCCUCAUCGUCGGCUACGUGGACGACACGCAGUUCGUGCGGUUCGACAGCUACGCGGAGGAGCCGCGGGUGGAGCCGCGGGCGCCCUGGAUGGAGGCGGUGGGGCGGGAGGACCCGGGGUACUGGGAGCGGGAGACGCAGGCCGCCAAGGGCCACGCACAGACUUUCCGAGUGAACCUGAACACCUUGCGCAGCUACUACAACCAGAGCGAGGGCGGGGCUCACACCCUCCAGAGCAUGUACGGCUGCGACGUGGGGCCUGCGGGCCGCCUCCUCCGCGGCUACAGUCAGUUCAGCUACGAUGGCGCCGACUACCUCGCCCUGAACGACGACCUGCGCUCCUGGACCGCGGCGGACACGGCGGCUCAGAUCUCCAAGCGCAAGUCAGAGGCUUCAAGUGAUGCUGAGCUCAGCAGAGCCUACCUGGAGAGCAUCUGUGUGCGGUGGCUGCACAAGUACCUGCAGAUGGGGAAGGAGACGCUGCUGCGUGCAGAUCCCCCAGAGACACGCGUAACUCGCCACCCCAACGCUGAGGGUGAAGUUACCCUGAGGUGCUGGGCCCUGGGCUUCUACCCUGCGGAGAUCAGCCUGACCUGGCUGCGAGAUGGGGAGGUCAUGACCCAGGAGAUGGAGUUUGUGGAAACCAGGCCUGGAGGAGAUGGAAGCUUCCAGAAGUGGGCAGCUGUGCGGGUGCUUUCUGGACAGGAGCAGAGAUACACCUGCCGGGUGCAGCAUGAGGGGCUGCCUGAUCCCCACACCCUGACAUGGGUUUCCUUCACAGAGCCAACCUCUCAGCCCUUUGCCCUCAAAAUUGGCAUUGUGGUUGUUUUUGUGCUUCUCUGUGUCCCUGGAGCUGUGGUUGGUGCUGUGGUGUGGAGCAAGCAGCAGUCAGUGUUAGGCAGCUUCCUUUCAUGGGAUUGCAUUGAUGGAAGACUUCUUCACAACCCUGCUUUGUGACAUGAAAAUCCACUGAUUCUAUUUCUGUUAAGGUGCUUUUCAAAAUGUCUGUAUUCCUUUAACAUCGAGUGAGGCUGUGGGGAGAGUGAGCCACCUUACCCACCCUCCAGCACCCCUUUCCCCAGCUGACCUGUGUUCUCUUCCCUGACCACUGUCCUGCUCCCGGGGAGGUGGGUCUGCUAUGUUCUAUCCUUGUUUGCUUGCUAAUUUCCAAUUAAGAAUGGCACAUAAAAAUGAGAAUACAGGUUUGCA